AGUCCUCAGUGUCGGACACGUAGUGGGAACGAGCAGGUCCCGAUGCGCAAGUCGCGGCAACCCUCGGCGGAGAUGAAGGCGGACUCCGACUGGCUCUGAGUUUUAACUGCCCGUUUCAUUCAGGAGCUCGGUCGCCAGCGGUUAUCAAUAUGGCAGAGCCGUUAUCCCAAGCGCCCGCUGCUGCUGCAAAAAUGGCGUCACUGAACCGGGUCCGAGCUUUAGCGAUGAUUUUCUUAACUGUCACGGGCUGUUGUGUCGCCCCGACAAGUGGCAAGGAAGGUUCCGAGGAGACCACCGUCAUCAUCGGGCUGCGACUGGAGGACACGGACGACAUUUCCUUCAUGGACAGGGGCUACCUGCGCGUGAGUGAGCGCUCCCGGGUCAAACUGCGGGUGUACGGCCAGAACAUCAACAACGAGACCUGGUCCAAGAUCGCCUUCACGGAGCACGAGCGGAGCCGGAGCGUUGACAGCUCCUCGGGGGAUAACCAGAGUCAGGAGGAGCCGUCCGGCUCGCAUCCCUGCGGCAUUAGGACUUCGGAUAUCAUCAUAUUGCCUAACAUCAUACUGAACCGAAAGACGUCGGGAAUAGUUGAGAUCGAAGUCAAACCUCUGAGAAAGACGGAGAGGAGUAAAUCGUAUUACCUUUGCAUCGCCACCUCCACGCCGGCCGUGGCCGGGAUGCACGACCCGUGGACGGAGAACACUUGGAUCUACCACGACGGGGAUGACACCAAAGUGAUAGUGGUGGAGGAGAAAAAGUUUCUGCUGCCGUUCUGGCUCCAGGUCAUCUUCAUCUCCAUGCUGCUGUGUCUGUCGGGCAUGUUCAGCGGCUUGAACCUGGGGCUCAUGGCCCUGGACCCCAUGGAGCUGCAGAUCGUCCAGAACUGCGGCACGGAGAGGGAGAAGAACUACGCUAAAAAGAUCGAACCGGUGCGGAGCCAGGGGAAUUACUUGCUUUGCUCGCUGCUGCUCGGGAACGUGCUGGUGAACACCACGCUCACCAUCCUGCUGGAUGACAUCGCAGGUUCGGGCUUGAUCGCGGUGGUCAUGUCCACCAUUGGAAUAGUGAUUUUCGGUGAGAUCGUGCCGCAGGCCAUCUGCUCCAGACACGGCCUGGCCGUCGGUGCCAACACCAUCCUGCUCACCAAGUUCUUCAUGCUGCUCACCUUCCCCGCGUCCUACCCGGUGAGCAAGCUCCUGGACUACCUGCUCGGACAGGAGAUAGGGACUGUCUACAACCGGGAGAAGCUUCUGGAGAUGCUGCGCGUCACGGACCCGUACAACGACCUGGUGAAGGAGGAGCUGAACAUAAUCCAGGGCGCGCUGGAGCUAAGGACUAAGACCGUGGAGGACGUGAUGACGCCGCUGAGAGAUUGCUUCAUGAUCCCGGGCGAUGGCACCCUCGACUUCAACACCAUGUCCGAGAUCAUGAAGAGCGGCUACACGCGCAUCCCGGUCUACGAGGGCGAGCGGUCCAACAUAGUGGACCUGCUCUUCGUCAAGGACCUGGCCUUUGUGGACCCGGAUGAUUGCACGCCGCUCAAAACCAUCACUAAGUUUUACAGCCACCCGCUGCACUUUGUGUUCAAUGACACCAAGCUGGACGCGAUGCUGGAGGAGUUCAAGAAAGGAAAAUCCCACCUGGCCAUAGUUCAGCGGGUGAACAAUGAGGGGGAAGGAGACCCUUUCUAUGAGGUCCUGGGUAUCGUCACCCUGGAGGACGUAAUUGAGGAAAUCAUCAAGUCCGAGAUCCUGGAUGAGACUGACUUAUAUACUGACAACAAGACGAAGAAGAAAAUCACCCAUCGGGAAAGGAAGCAGGAUUUCUCGGCCUUCAAGCCUACCGACAAUGAAAUGAAGGUUAAAAUAUCACCUCAGCUUCUGCUGGCUACCCUGCGUUUCCUAGCAACAGAGGUGGAUCCUUUUGCACCUGUGCAAAUGUCAGAGAAGAUCCUGCUGCGCUUGCUGAAGCAUCCCAACGUCAUCCAGGAGCUGAAAUACGAUGAGAAGAACAAGCGGGCCGCUGAGCACUACCUCUUCCACAGGAACAAGCCUGUGGAUUAUUUCAUCCUCAUUCUGCAGGGGAGAGUGGAGGUGGAAGCAGGUAAAGAGGGGAUGAAGUUUGAAGCGGGACCGUUCUCCUUCUAUGGGAUGAUGUCACUGACAGCAUCACCAGUCCCUCUGUCCCUGUCUCGUACGUUUGUGGUCAGUAGAACUGAAUCAUUAGCAGGAUCUCCAGAAAAUAAAUCUCCUCCGCGGCCUUUUGGACUCAACCACUCCGAUUCUCUGAACAGGAGCGAUCGCAUCGACGCCAUCACGCCGACGCUGGGCAGCAGCAACAACCAGCUCAACUCCUUCCUGCAGAUCUAUGUACCUGACUACUCUGUCAGAGCACGCUCAGACCUGCAGUUUAUAAAGGUAACACGCCAACAGUACCAGAAUGCCGUCAUGGCAUCACGGAUGGACAAGACGCCGCAAUCCACAGACGGCGAGUUCACCAAGAUCGAGCUCACGCUGACGGAGCUCCACGAUGGCGUGGAGCCGCCGGCCAUCGUCACCACCACGGCCUGCACGGCGAGCACCGUCCCGGCCGUGUCCAUAGCUGUGUCCAAUGAGACAUCCCACCUGCUAACCCCGCAGCAGAACUGUGUGAGCCUCAGCAGGAGCAACCACAGUGCCCACAACGAGGGACCCAUUUAGCCCCCGGCGAGCCCGGUGGAGACGCAGGCCCUCCACCUUGUCUCGUGGACACACACACAGAGCGAUGAGGGAACGUGGGGCGAGUGGAAGCAGGUGGAAAAAAGGGUUUUCCUGUUCCGGCCAGUAGCCCCGUCAGUCAGUCAGUCAGUCAGUCAGUCAGUGAGACCCUUUCACAGAGGGGCCAGUGGGGGAGGACGGGUGCUGCGUCACCCUGAAUGCAUCCCACCACCCGUAUGCUGUCAGAAUCCCUGCUGUACCACACUCUCCUACAGAGGCCGCACUCUGACAGAACCUGUGACUGAGCUUCUUUUCUGGGACAAUCUGACACUUUCUUAGCAGUGACUUGGACGAGAGGAUGACUGAGUGCAUGCAAACCCCCGUCCCUUUACCCCCGCCCCACACACACACACACACACACACAUCAACACUGCACAUGCACACUCGGACUGUCACUUUUUAUCUAAAAUUUGGGAUAUUAAUUUGAACGUGGGGAAUCCUGUUAGAGUACGUAAUCACCGUCUGGUCCAGCAGAGGGCACUGUGAGCACAGCAUAGCCUCAGGUCCACUUAAGUUUUCCUUAGAUCAGGGAAAAAGAGAGGGAUGUUUUGUUCGUUUUUUAGCCUCCUGAGCAGACAAUCACGACACCAAAGCAUCUGAAAAGCAGCAACGUGGAAACGUUUCAGGUUCUGGGAAAAGUCUGCAGACUCGCCUGUGAGUGAGGCAGAGGAGGCAGCACAAGCAGUGUUCAACCUCAUGUGACUAGAGUAUCGAUAAAGUUGUCACUUUUUUUGUCAGUGUGGGCGGAGGAAAUAUCUAAAUAUCUGCAAUAGGCGGGGUACACAGGGCCUCAUAUAGAGAGACAAACAACCAUCCACUCUCACCCUCACACCUACAGUCAAUU